GGUUUCAGCAGUCCGCUUGAGCCUCAGCGCCUUCAGCACGCACUCAAACACACACACACACACGCGCGGAGAUAUACACGCACUCGCAGGAGCGCGCGCGCACACUCACGCCAAGGCGGCUCGCUCGCAGCAUCGAUCGUUGUGGCUCCUUUAAGAAGAAGAAGGAAAAAAAAAACUAAGGCAGAAUUAUCAGCCCACCUCCUGCUCUCCGUCUCAUUUAGACGCCUUUUUUUCCCUCUCCCUCUCUCUCCUUUUUGUUUUGCAUAAAGAAGAAAAGAGAGAGGGAAAAACAACUCGGGAGAGAAAGAGAGAGAGAGAGAGAGAGAGAGAGAGAGAGAGGCGGUGAGCGCGUCGUGCUCGUGAGCAUUUGAGCGGUUCUCGCGCGGCGUGUGCGAACCGGCGGAGGCGCAGCGGAGGAUCAUCAUUCAUUCAGCACUUUGACAAGCUUCGCCUUUUUGACUGACAGCCGGAGCGGCGAGAAAGAGAGAGAGAGAGAGAGUGAGAGACUGAGAGAGAAAGAAGGAAGGAAAGAAAGAAAGAAAAAAGCCAUGGGACUCGCUAGUUUUCUUUGAGGCUCUGUUUCCACAUCGCUCCGGUUCGGGAGAGAAGCUCGGCGGUGCGGAGAGGAGCUGCUGGCCGAAGUUGAGCGUCCAGGACCGGCUUCAUCGCACGAAAGACGCGCUUGGAUUUUUUGUGCUUCUCUUUCUACGUUUUUUUGGACCCCAGCGUUUGGAUUUGGCGUGUCUCGUGUUCUUCUCCACGCUGGCCUCUUAGGGAAUAUAUCUCGCCUUGAACGAGUCCGAGGGAGCGUGGAGGGCGAUGGCGCAGAGGUACGAAGACCUGCCCCACUACGGCAUGGACGGGGUAGGGAUCCCCACCACCAUGUACGGGGACCCCCACGGCGCGCGCUCCAUGCAGGCGGUGCACCUGAACCACGGCGCGCAGCUGCACGCGCACCAGUACGCGCACGCGGCGCACCCCAACGCCAUGGCGCCGGGCAUGGGCAGCUCGGUGAACGACGCGCUGAAGAGGGACAAGGACGCCAUUUACGGGCACCCUCUGUUUCCACUGCUAGCACUGAUUUUUGAGAAAUGUGAAUUAGCGACGUGCACCCCCAGAGAGCCCGGGGUGGCGGGAGGAGAUGUGUGCUCCUCAGAGUCCUUCAAUGAAGACAUAGCAGUGUUUGCAAAGCAGAUCAGAGCAGAAAAGCCAUUAUUUUCAUCAAAUCCUGAGCUGGACAAUUUGAUGAUUCAAGCCAUUCAGGUUUUACGUUUUCAUCUGUUGGAGCUGGAGAAGGUGCACGAGCUCUGCGACAACUUCUGCCACCGCUACAUCAGCUGCUUGAAGGGCAAAAUGCCCAUCGACCUGGUCAUCGACGAGAGAGAAGGAGGCUCCAAGUCGGACAGCGAGGAGAUCAGCAGAUCCUCAGGGCCGCUCGAUCAGACCUCAUGGAAUAGAGACCAUGACGACACAGCGUCCACACGCUCCGGGGGCACACCGGGACCCUCCAGUGGUGGACACACAUCACACAGUGGUGACAACAGUAGCGAACAAGGCGACGGGCUGGACAACAGUGUGGCCUCCCCCAGCACGGGCGACGACGAUGACCCAGACAAGGAGAAGAAGAGGAAUAAAAAACGCGGCAUCUUCCCCAAAGUAGCAACCAACAUCAUGCGGGCAUGGCUCUUCCAGCACUUGACGCACCCCUACCCAUCAGAAGAACAGAAAAAACAACUGGCACAAGACACCGGUCUUACCAUACUACAAGUGAACAACUGGUUCAUUAAUGCGAGAAGGAGAAUAGUGCAGCCAAUGAUCGACCAGUCCAACCGAGCAGUAAGUCAAGGAGCUCCCUACAACCCAGAUGGUCAGCCCAUGGGAGGCUUCGUGAUGGACGGCCAGCAGCACAUGGGAAUCAGACCACCUGGGCCUAUGAGUGGGAUGGGCAUGAAUAUGGGCAUGGAGGGACAGUGGCACUACAUGUAACCUUCUAGUUAACCAAUCGCAAAGCAAUGGGGGAAGUCUGCAGGGCAUGCCAGGGGACUACCUGUCUCACAGCGGCCCGAUGGCCAUGGGCAUGGGCCAGCCGGCCUACGGCGGCCCCCAGCUCCCCCACCACUCCAGCCAGCUGCGGCCUGGGCCUCCCAUGCGUUCCUACAUUCCUGGACACCCCCAGCACUCAGCGAUGUUGAUGCAUGGAGGACCGCCCCACCCUGCCAUGCCCAUGUCAGCCUCCAGCCCCCCCAUGCUUCCCCCAGGAGACCCCACCAUGGGCGGACAAGUCAUGGACAUCCACGCCCAGUAGUUUGCUACCAACGGAUCCUCGAAACAGCCGCGCUCGAGACAGGGAACUGCGAUUGGUUUGUUUCUGGUGCUUCACCCAGCAAAUAUUACAUGCUGACUCGCUGCAGAAACUGAGGAGGCUCUUCAUUCUUAAGCGCGGACUCGGUUUGAGAAAGAAGCCUGCGUCUGCACACCACGGGACACUUACAGAGGAUGUGCCCUUUGCCAAGAAUCAAACCAAGAGAAAGAGAAAGAUUGAAAUUAUUACUAUAUCAGCUCCUAAGGGGGAGGGAGGAGGAGAAUCUGUAUACUGUUGUAAAAUUACAUUUGGACUCAUAUGAGAACUGGGAAUUAAGUAUUGUAAAUGCUAUCGUAUUGUUCUGCAUAUUAUGUUGUUUCUAAUAGAUUUUUUAAAAAAGGAUGUGAACUUUUUUCUUUCCACACUAUGUGUGUGCCAUCUCCAUAGACUUUUGACCUCCUCCCUAAAUCACCUUGCGUUUAAAAAGAAAAAAAAUAUGUGAAUAAAUCAAUAAUUGGUUGAAGCGUU